AUGACGUAUGAAGAGCUCACGGUCAGAUUCGUCAGAAAGGGUUCUUACCUUCUUGACGUGCCCACGUCAAGUAACCUGGAAAGCUCCAGAUUCCGUGCCUUUAUGACGUGCCCGCGUCACGUUCGCGGGAAAGCCCCUUCGCCCGCCAUCCAUCUUCCUCCUUCGGUCAACCACACGCCAAAAGCCCGACCACUUGCACCACCACUCUCCCUUCACGCAAGACGAACAACGUCGCAACAGGCCGCCGUCGAUCUCCCUAAUUGCGUGCCGCCAGCAAAGCCACCGCCGCUGCCUGCGAUCUCGCCGUCGCCAGGCGCACGGCUGCAGUGCAUCACGCCCAAGCAGAGGGGCGCCGCCGUCCCUCACAGCCAAGCGACCGCAAGCCGCGCGCCACCACCUCUCUCUCUGCUCGCUACCCAAAGCCGCACGACUCCAGCUCCAGCAUCGCCGUACGCCAGAGCUCCGCCCGGCUCACUCUCUCCUCGCACCUCCACCAGUGAUGACCAGUCUAACACAGGCCUCUUCUCAUGCUCACCACCCUUCCGUACUUGUCUCCUCCAUUGCAACAGCUCGCACACCACCAGCCCAGCCACAUAUGUCUACCACAGCGCUGCCGUCGCCCCUUGCCGGUUCCAUUACCCACUGCCACCAACGACACCGUUGGGCAGUGGGCAAGUUGACACUUUGGAUGCUGGAGUGAAGAAUAUUGACGCCAAUGUGGCCAAUAUUGCCCAGAAACUAGCGGCAUUUAUGCAGCACGUCGUCUUUCCUCCUCCUUUUAGGCCUCACUAG